AGCCCUAUGGGAAUUUCUCCUCCCUGCUUGCUAGCGUCAGCUACAUCUGUGUCUGUCAGGCAGCAGUUCCAACGGCAGCGGCAGCAGCAGCAGCAGAGUGGCAGCGGCAGCGACUUGGCUCGGGCAGCAGACUGCCUCUCAGUGACAUUCUACUCCAACUUAGGCACGGCGCAGGUCCUCCUGCUCGGCUCAGACUGGGUGGAAAAGUUCUCUCUUUCACUGGCUUGUGAGCUGAUUCCUCUUUAAUUCAUGAGUGGCCGAGGAAGGAUGUCCUGCAACCUGAGGAUACUCUUCUCAUCUGGACAAACAACAGCUUUUUUGGAUGGCUGAAGCAGGGGAGGGGGGUGGGGUGGGGGGGACGUGAUGCUGUACCGUGCGUCUCCUGAGCAGGGAUGACCAAAGCCUUCUGUGUCCACCCUCCUCCCACUCUUCGUCCUCUUUCUCCUCUGCCUCGCUGUUCACACUUUUUUCCCCAGACCCCUCUGGCAUGCGGGGGUCAGGUCAGCAGGAUUUCUCGUCCUCCACGGUCCUCUCUGCAACUGUGUUGUGAUCCUGUUUCUCAGCGCCACACUUGACCUGAAGGUUUCCCAGGCAAAACAAAAGGAUUAACCAUGAACUUUGCUCUCGCCGAGAGACAUCAUCCCUUAAACAGACUGUGAGAUCUGAUGAAACUGAGAUCUUCCUGGAAAUGACAGAACUGUACACAUUUCUCAUGCUUGGAUGCCAGUAAACAGAAGAAGAGCAUGGAAGGAGAAAACAUGGUGAACUCCACAGUAAAUACCAGCACAAUGGACAUCCAGCUGGUCACUCACAGUCUCUGGGAGGUUAUCACCAUCGCGACCGUGUCUGCUAUAGUCAGCCUCAUCACCAUUGUGGGGAAUGUUCUAGUAAUGCUCUCCUUUAAAGUCAACAGCCAACUGAAGACAGUGAACAAUUACUAUCUGCUGAGUUUGGCAGCGGCUGACCUCAUCAUAGGUGUUUUCUCUAUGAAUCUGUACACCUCUUACAUACUGAUGGGCUACUGGGCCUUAGGGAACCUUGCCUGUGAUUUAUGGUUGGCACUGGACUAUGUGGCGAGUAACGCCUCAGUCAUGAACCUGCUGGUGAUCAGUUUUGACCGAUAUUUCUCUAUCACGAGGCCUCUGACUUACAGGGCUAAACGGACUCCCAAACGAGCAGGGAUUAUGAUAGGUCUAGCGUGGCUGGUGUCCCUCAUCCUGUGGGCCCCGCCUAUUCUAUGCUGGCAAUACUUUGUUGGAAAAAGAACUGUCCCUGAGAGGCAAUGCCAGAUCCAGUUUUUCUCGGAGCCUGUGAUAACCUUUGGGACAGCGAUUGCAGCCUUUUAUAUCCCUGUGUCCAUCAUGACAAUCCUCUACUGUCGAAUUUACAAGGAGACAGAGAAAAGGACCAAAGACCUGGCGGAGCUUCAGGGGAUUAAUUAUCCUACAGAGUCUGGGACAACCCAGCCUCAGAAGGCUAUCAUCAGAUCAUGUUUUAGCUGCAAACUAAAAUCAACUUCACAUGACAGGAACCAAGCCUCCUGGUCAUCCUCCAGCAGGAGCAACGCUGCCAAAUCAGCAGCCACCACCAAUGACGAGUGGUCCAAAGCUGGUCAGCUGACAACGUUCAACAGCUAUGCCUCCUCAGAAGACGAGGACAGGCCCGUGUCCCCAGGAGGCUUCCAGUCCUCCUUCAGGAACCAAGCUUGCGAGGCCAGUAAAAGCAGAGUUGGCAGUGAGAGCGAGCAGCUCAGCAGCUACGAUGAGGACAGUUUCUUCCAGACACCGCCCAAAAGCAGCUCUCAGAAGAGCAGCAAGUGCGUGUCCUACAAGUUUAAACCCGUAGCCAAAGACACUCAAGCUGAGCACCACAACAAAAAUGGAGACACCAAAAUGGUGUCGUCCAUGUUCUCCUCGGCCGAAUCCAUGAGCGUUCCAUCCACCUCCUCCACGUCUAAGCCCACAGACGCUACGCUGAAGAACCAGAUGACCAAGCGGAAGAGGAUGGUGCUGAUCAAGGAGAGGAAAGCAGCUCAAACUCUCAGCGCUAUCUUGCUGGCCUUCAUCCUAACGUGGACGCCUUACAACAUCAUGGUGCUGAUUUCAACCUUCUGCUCAGACUGCAUCCCCCUCUCCCUCUGGCAUCUGGGCUACUGGCUGUGCUACGUCAACAGUACUGUCAACCCCAUGUGCUACGCCCUUUGUAACAAGACUUUUCAGAAGACCUUUCGCAUGCUCUUACUCUGUCAGUGGAAAAAGAAAAGGAUUGAGGAGAAACUAUACUGGUACGGACAAAACCCUGUGGUCAGCUCCAAACUGACAUGAAGGUUUGUUUUAAGAUGGUGUAUGGCAACAGCUGUAAAUCAUAUGUUUGUAUCAGUAAUCUGUUCUUUAUGAACCUGAAUUCUACAUAGUAGGUGAUACCAGAAGUAAAAUAUAUAGAUAUCAAGAGGCUGGUACAUCUUAUAGUGUGCUCAUUGAUUAGUAGGUCUGCUAUAGUAUAUGUUUAUUGCUUCUAAAACUCUGGAAAUGGGAGCCCAUUAUACAAUUGUACCAGUAUGACACUGUAUAUAGGCUCUACAAUAGCUUUUAAAAACAGCAUUUACUCAUAAACUUGCACACGAUGUCAUCAGUUAUCAUAGAUUAUUUCAUAAUGUGCUGUAUUUGUAUUCUCCCCCAAUUUGAUGCUUCUGCACCCAAAACACAUGCAGAUCUCUCUAAGUCUUUUUGAAUAUUGUGUUUGUGUUGUUUGCAUACGUUUUGGAAUGGCUGCUUUUGUUUUAAAGGGCUAAUUCGUGUCAUCCUAGUGUCAGAGUCUGCGUUCUAAGUCAAGAUUGUAACUUGACGAUAAUCAAAGCCUUUGGUGCCAUUGCAGUUUGUCAGAUGACUAAAUAUAGAUUCAGUUUAAGUGUUUUCACAUGACAUGCAUUUUCUAUGUUGCAAAGUUUCUGUUUAAAAUACAGUCAGAUACGCACGGAGAACAAAGCCUGUAAUUAAACAACAGGCACUAGUAAAAUCCCUUAAAUGAUACUACUGGUCAACAGGUGAAAGACAAUGCUGUAAAUCUUUUGAUUUGAAUGACAUGACUAACUUGCUAACCAUGUCAGUGUUUACAGAGGAAGUGGCAUGGAGGAUUUGACAGCACAUGCUGUUUACGAAAACCUCUUUAUUACCCUUCAUCCUCAGGAUAUCUUCUUUUCCUUUGAGCAUACAGUUGUUCUCUGCAGAUUACUGUGGCUAAAUCAAUGUCAUCAUAUCCUUGUCGUAUUUCUGCCAAGCCUGUGAUUUAUUGUGGAAAAAAACAUGUUUGUGAAAUUCUCCUAUCUGUAAGCGUUGGAUGGAAGAUGACAUGCAAAAGUUGUUUUGUUAUUAUUUGCCAUAAGCUAUAAUGUCUUGAAACACUGUUUUUGGAACUGUGACAGACGUUUGCACUUGCAACUGGCAGAAUGACGAUGCUUUGCUUCAUGUGUGUUGAUAUGGCGUACAAUGGAAACAAAGCUAGAUCUUAAACAUUACUGCAAUUUUAUACUGUGUUUCAAGUUUGUGAUAAAAGUUUUUGUUUUCUUGUU